CGAGCCAUAAUCGUUGGUUAGAGCAUUGAAUAAGUAUAUCAGUAACCGGCGUGUUCCGUUGUUUGGACAUUUUUUUACAUAGAUUUCAUGGUUUUUCGAGUUGAAGAAACACGAUAUUUUUAAAAUAAGCUAACAUGGAACUCACAGAUGACAAUUUGCUCACACUUAGUGAAUACCUAAAGCAUUCACUUAGUCCAGAGUUCCAUGUCAGACGACCAGCUGAAAAGUUUUUAGAAUCUGUUGAAGCGAAUCAGAACUACCCAUUACUUCUUCUGCAUUUAGUAGACAAAUCUGAAAUUAAUAUAACCAUUAGAAUUGCCGGUGCAGUCGCAUUUAAAAAUUAUGUUAAACGUAAUUGGAAGAAGGAAGAAGACUUUGUGGAUCGCAUACACACACAAGACAGAGAAGCUAUAAAAAAGUUAAUCGUUAAUUUGAUGCUGCACUCUCCUGAUUCCAUCCAAAAGCAGUUAUCUGAUGCAGUUUCUAUUAUCGGAAAGUAUGACUUUCCAAAGAAAUGGCCAGAGCUUAUAGACCAAAUGGUUGAAAAAUUUAAUACAGGGGAUUUUCACGUUAUUAAUGGUGUUCUACAUACUGCACACUCUUUAUUUAAAAGAUAUAGGUACGAGUUUAAAAGUCAGAGCCUAUGGACAGAAAUAAAAUUUGUGCUAGAUAAAUUUGCUAAGCCUUUAACAGAUCUAUUUGUUGCUACAAUGAAUUUAACAGAAGUACAUGCAAAUAAUGUAGAUGCACUGAAAGUUAUAUACAGUUCAUUGGUAAUUCUGUGUAAAGUGUUCUAUUCUCUUAACUUCCAAGACUUACCAGAAUUUUUUGAAGACAAUAUGGAAGUUUGGAUGAAGAAUUUUCAUACUUUGUUAAAUACUAAUGUUCCCUUCUUACAAUCUACAGAUGAAGAAGAAGCAGGAGUAAUCGAACAAUUAAAGUCACAAGUUUGUGAUAAUAUUGGCCUUUAUGCUCAGAAAUAUGACCAAGAGUUUCAAUCAUAUUUACCACUGUUUGUAACCGCUGUGUGGAAUUUGUUAACAUCUACUGGACAACAACCGAAAUAUGAUUCUUUAGUUUCGAAUGCUUUACAAUUCUUAGCAACAGUGGCAGAUCGUGCACAAUACAGACAUUUGUUUGAAAAUCCAACUACUUUAAAUAGCAUUUGUGAGAAAGUAAUAAUACCCAAUAUGGAAUUUAGAGAAUCGGAUAAUGAGCUAUUUGAAGAUAAUCCUGAAGAAUACAUUAGGCGAGAUAUUGAAGGUAGUGAUGUGGAUACGAGAAGGCGUGCUGCCUGUGACUUGGUUAAAGUACUUUCUAAGUCUUUUGAAUCGAAAAUAAUGGAAAUUUUUGGCGCAUACAUACAGGUGAUGUUGCAAAAUUAUGCUGAUAAACCCAUUGAAAAUUGGCGAAGUAAAGAUGCUGCAAUUUAUCUAGUCACUAGCAGUGCAAGUAGAGCUCAAACACAAAAACAUGGAGUUACACAAAGUAGCGAACUUGUUCCAUUACCUCAAUUUGCGAUGCAACACAUUGAACCUGAAUUGAUCAAACCAAAUGUGAACGAGUUUCCAGUACUUAAAGCUGAUGCAAUCAAAUUUAUUAUGACCUUUAGAUCGAUAUUACCAAGGGAAAUGAUAAUUGGAAGUUUACCACAAUUAAUUAGACACUUAAGUGCUACGAAUAUUGUUAUUCACACAUAUGCCGCUUGUGCGAUUGAGAAAAUACUUAUUAUGAAAGGACCUGAUAAUUUGCCUAUUGUUAAAGGAAAUGACUUAUCACCAUUGGCGGCGGAUCUGUUAAAGAGUUUAUUUGUGUGUUUAACUAUGCCUGGUUCAGAAGAAAAUGAAUAUGUAAUGAAAGCUAUUAUGAGAAGUUUUGGUACUCUGCAAGAGGUUGUCGUACCAUUUUUAGCAGAUCUUUUGCCGAAACUCACCGAAAAGCUCACCAUUGUAUCCAGAAAUCCCAGUCGUCCAAAUUUCAAUCAUUAUCUUUUUGAAAUUUUUGGUUUGUCAAUUAAGAUUGUUUGUAAAAAAAAUCCAGUAGCAGUUUCAUCAUUCGAGGAAGCAUUAUUCCCAAUUUUCCAAGGAAUUUUACAGCAAGAUAUUCUAGAAUUUAUACCAUAUGUUUUUCAAAUUCUUGCUCUACUGUUGGAAUUACGAACAACUCAGGAUGUACCAGAACCCUAUUUGGCUUUGUUCCCUUGUCUUCUAUCGUCUGUGCUGUUCGAACGUCCAGCUAAUAUUCAUCCGUUAAAUCGAUUAUUGAGAGCAUUCAUUAGUCAUGGUGCACAUCAUAUUGUAGCGUUAGAAAAGACAAGUGGUUUGUUGGGAGUAUUUCAGAAAUUGAUAGCAUCGAAAGCCAAUGAUCAUGAAGGUUUCCUGCUACUGCAAAGUAUUAUUGAACAUUUCGCACCGAACGUAUUAGAGCCGUAUAUGAAACAAAUUUUCGUACUAUUCUUUCAAAGGCUCACAUCGUCAAAAACAACGAAAUUCGUAAAGGGUCUGAUCGUAUUUUUUGCAUACUAUAUCAUUAGAUACGGUUCAACUAGUUUGAUUGCGAUCAUUGAUCAAAUACAACCCCAAAUGUUUGGUAUGGUCAUAGAACGUAUAUUAAUAGCAGAUUUGCAAAAAGUAUCGGGCGAUAUUGAAAAGAAAGUAACCGCUAUUGGAAUUUCAAAUUUAUUAAUCGAUUGUCCUAAAAUGUUAGAAAGCCCAUACAAUUCAUAUUAUCCGCGUUUACUAGCGGCAUUAGUAGAAUUCUUUGAACUCCCACAAGAUCAGAGCACAAUAUCGGAAGACAAUCUGUUACCAGAAAUUGACGAUGCGCCUGGAUAUCAAGUAGGAUAUAGUCAACUCGUCUGUGCAAAAAAUCCUCCAAAGGAUCCACUAGAAGCAAUUGGUGAUGUACGCCUACACUUGGCGCAAGGACUAGGAAGAUUGCCGCCAGGACAAUUACCUAAUCUUCUUGGUCAAAUUCCGGAGCCCAACGCGAAUCAUCUGAGAAACUACCUCCAAACAGCUGGCAUUACUGUUGCAUAAUACGAGCUAGACAUUCGAGAUAGACUGAAGAUCCAUCUAAUUGCUCGGAAGAUAAAUAAUAUUGAACUGAAUAAACUGUAACGAAGAGGCGAUCGAUGUUCUUUUCUAGUGAUAUUUACAUUACGAACACUUCAAUAUUGAAUAUCGUAUCGCUUACCAAUCGUAUAACAUGGAAUAUUUCAAUAAAUAUUUAUCUCUAAAAAGUAUAAGAGCUAAUGUGAUAACGCGAAAACAUUGGAAUAAUCAGUAACUGUGUUAUUUGUAUGUGAAACAUUCCCGAGGAAUUAAAAUAAAUCUGGAGUUUGUACAAUAACAAA